AUGACCUCGCCUGCGUCGGCAAAGUAUACGGAUCCUAAGAGUGUGUCUUGGCUCAGUAGGGGUUACUCCCAAGUGGUCAUCACAGGGAUUAUCGCCUUCUGUUGCCCGGGUUUCUUCAACGCCAUGCAGGGUCUAGGAGGUGCUGGCAAUGCUAACCCCUCUGCUAACGAUCCGGCCAAUAUUGCACUGUACGUAUGUUUUGCCGUGUUUGGUUACUUUGGCGGUUUCUUCUUCAAUCUGCUGGGUCCUCGAAUUCUAAUGGCUGCUGGUGGCAUCCUGUAUGCUUUCUAUGCAGCAUGUGCUUACAUAUCCGGACAUGUUGCUGGUACUGGUUGGCUCUUCGUCCUCGCCGGCGCACUACUGGGUUUUGGAGCUGGCUGGCUCUGGACUGCUCAGGGUGCGUUAAUGAUGGCGUAUGCCCCUGAGAAUAAGAAGGGUCAUUACAUCACGACCUUCUGGGUUAUAUUCAACCUUGGUGGUUUCAUCGGUGGUAUCCUGCAGUUCGCUCUGAACUUCGAUACCGAAACUGGUACAGCUAAUGCUGCUUCCUACUUCGUGUUCAUCGCUAUUAUGGCUGUUGGUGCCGUCAUGGCUUUGUUCUUACUAAGAGAUCCUAAGAAGGUUGUGCUCGAAGAUGGUUCGCAUGCAGUUAUAACUCCAGCUAAAGGCGUCAAGCAGGAGUUCAUUGACGCUGCCUCUGUGAUUCUGGAUAAAAAUAUGAUUCUAUUACUAAUUUUAUUCUUUGGUUCUAACUAUUUCUACACGUAUGUCUUCAACUGCGUGAAUGGUGUUCUUUUCACUAUUCGUACACGUGGCUUGAAUUCAGCGUUGUACUGGUUAGCCCAAAUGUUCGGUGCGUGGUGCACUGGUAUCCUCCUAGAUAACGUAAAGUACAGUCUCAGGACUAGAGGAAUACAAGGUUUCUUCUUCGUUUUCAUCUGCUUUAACAUCAUUUACGGUCUUGGGUGUUAUUUGCAAUACGGUUAUAUGGGCGGUUACGAUCGUUAUACUAACGUUGUUGGUGAUGAUGAAAAGCUUGAUCUCACUGACAGCAAGUAUUGGUAUCCUUGCAUUGUCUACUUGCUCUAUGGUUUCGGUGACUCUAUCGUUCAAACGUUUUCCUAUUGGGUAAUGGGUGCCAUUGCUGGUGAGAAUGCCUCUCUAGCGGCUAGAUACACCGGUCUUUAUAAGGGUAUCCAGUCGAUCGGUGCUGCCAUUUCCUGGACUGUCGAUUUACCUGGUAUUCACGCUGCUUAUACUACGCAGUUUUGGAUAUGUUGGGUUCUAUUCCUCGUUGGCAUGCCUACGACAUUCAUUGCUUGCAGAGGUAUUGGUAAGGGCUCUGCUGAGGACACUUCUACCACUGUUGAAGUCGAAAGUCUUGAGAAACGUCUCAAUAGCAAGAGCGACGUUGUUGGUACGAAUGAGUCGAUCCGAUAGAUUAAAUGGUCUCAUCUGAUCUCGACUAAUGAAGCUUAAUAUAAGUUGAUAAUGAUUAUGUUCCAAGGUUUGUGUAUUUUAAAGUAGUUGGUUUUACUCCCUCCAAGAUGUUGUUAGGAAGGGACGUGUAGUGUUUACAGGGCAAUUCUACCAAAUUGAUUCACCGUAAGGGUCCCAUUUGUAUUCAUAGUUGUUGUUCCCAUUAAACCUGUUCAGCAGUACUCUGCUGUUGGCACUGCUACAGCUCUUGCAGUGUAACUCUCGAUCUAAGCUUCCUAGUCGUUACUCUAUUAUCUAUAUUUCUGCUACUAUUAGUCGUCACAUUGGCAGUCUCUAC